AUGGAUACUACAGUUCAUACUCCGUUUUCUAUACCUCUCAGGCAACAAUCAUGUCAUGCAUCAGCAAAACCGGGGGAUGAAGGAGGGAUUCCACCUAGACCGUUGUUAUCAUUCUCACAGUCUCAUUCUUCUCGAGUAGACAGUUGGAAUGAAGGUUGUAUUCGUAGUAGUACUGUGAUAGAUGUUCCUCCAAUAAAAGUGGAUAAUACAUUUACUACAUUUGUAUCUGGUGCACUACAGAGAAGCGAAUCGCAAAAUGAAGAGCCAACAAAUUUAGCAAAAGUUCCAAUAUCCGCAUCGCAAUCGAUGGUGAUUUCAUGCGACAAUUCAAAAUCAUUUGUGCUGAAAAGUAUUAUUCCUUACGCACAGCAAACGACAACACUACCGAAAACAUCGUCUGAACCUGUUCAUCCAUCAGUACCAUCUCCAGCACAUUUGAUCAGUAGUUCACUGGCUACCAAUCAAACUUUAUCCCUCCCGCAGUAUACAUUUUCGGUUCCGACAACGAAUGCAACCAGUGCUACACUACCACGCGGUCCAUACUAUGAUCGAGCAACAGAUGACAGUUUUUGCAAAAAUCAAGAUCCACUGUUAACAAAGGAAAUGCUCCACGAAAGUCAUUGCUGUGAAAAUGCUCCACGCAGAUUAAGACUUAAAACAAUGGAUGGACCAUCUUAUGGGUCACGUUCUAAUUACGGACGACCAGGGUGGCUAGAUGAUCCGAGACAGUCAACAUUGCCUUAUCCUGGUCCUGGAACAUCACGGUUUUAUACGAAACCAGCACCUUCAUUGCCACUUCUUCCACUUGGUCAGGCGUAUGAUCGAGUCACAUCUCGACGUCUUAUAUUUAAUAAUUUUCCUGAAUCACAUUGUUGUGAAACAGAAUCAUUCUUUGGACCAGAUGGAUUCAGAAGGAAUAACGAAGGAAAUGAGCAAGCUUACAACUCGUGCUGUGUGAGAAAUGUGCCAUCAGUUGCGACCUCAUCAAUCAUACAAUCAACAUAUAGUGGUGCAAACAUUACAUACACUGCGGCUGGCACUGCACCACCUCCCAAAACAUUUAGAGGCGAUCCAGACCAAGUUGUUAUAUGCUCUUCGACAACUAGUGGCAGAACUGUGACCUAUCCUUAUCUAUCAAAAUCAACAUAUACAUACGCCGAAUGUGAUAAUGAUCACGUAAAGACAUCACUAAGGGAAGGAAUAUGCAAAUCUUCAUUGUAUAGUAACGGUGAAUACAACAAGAGGACGUACAGCACAAAUUUCGCACGUCCUCCAACAACUACCAUUAGUUGUUCGUUAAAAAACGAAAGCAAUCAGAUGAUCUAUAGCAGUCAAACAAGUUCGAUAGAAGAAUACCAGCAAAAUUUCAGAGAGGACAAACAUACUGGCAAACCAGCAAUAUCGAUGUCAACUUUUUCAAAGUCCUACUUUCUUUCUUUUAGCAAACAAAGACUCUUAGGUUCCAAAUCUCACAAGCUGGUUGAUGAUUGUAGACAUAUUAGAAUUAGAUUUGUAGAAACUAACUACUUCACAAUUUGGAAAGUUAAGACUUGGACCAAAGUUUGUUGGGCUAUUAAGACCACUAAUCCAAAUCUAUAG